UGGAACUUUGCGCACUCACUUCGAACUAAACAUUCAAUAUCCACUGCGACCUAACCUAUCUACCUGUAAAAGGGAGAAAAACAUUGCAUUGUUGGGACGCAAUCACUGGCACGAAGCAGGCGCUGCUCCACAACAAAACAAUCGACUGUCGAGGCCGCGAAUAUUCGAUUUUUAUUGAACGUUCCGAUUUGAAUUUUAUAGAACGAAAGUUAGUGAGCCGUGUCGGUUAUUGUAUGUGCGGCGAGUUUGAGUUUGUGCGGUGGCUUAUCUUAUUGUGUUACGAAAAUUUUUUCUUGUGUUUUGGUAUUGGUUUUUUUUCUGUCCGGAAUACUGCUGACGCGAUAUGAGCGAUGAAUUGGAUGAUGUCGUCGGCGAUUUGUCGCCCUUGCCCAUAAGGAAACCUUUUAUAAGGGGUUCCGAUCCGAGGGUGGCAACAUGUCGCGGCAAACUUCAAAAUCGCCGCUCCAAGCUGAACCAGGAGAUCAACAAGGAACUCCGUCUGAGAGCCGGAGCAGAAAACCUAUUCAAAGCCACCACCAAUCGUAAGCUGAAGGAAACUGUAGCGUUGGAACUCAGUUUCGUCAACUCCAACCUUCAACUCCUCAAGGAGCAACUUGCGGAACUCAACUCCUCAGUUGAAGUCUACCAGAAUGAGAACACUGACGCAGUCAUGCCCAUGAUACCGCUAGGCCUGAAGGAAACAAAAGAGAUAGACUUUCGCGAACCUUUCAAGGACUUCAUCCUGGAGCAUUACAGCGAGGACGCGGCCAAAUACGAGGACGCCAUAGUGGAUUUUAUGGACACGCGGCAGGCGAUGAGGACACCCCUGAGAGACUCCAGCGGUAUAUCACUCCUUUUUCGCUACUACAACCAACUCUAUUUUGUCGAGAGGAGAUUCUUCCCUCCCGAUAGAUCCCUUGGGAUAUACUUCGAAUGGUUCGAUUCCCUCACAGGUGUGCCAUCUUGUCAACGUACUGUUGCCUUCGAAAAAGCUUGCGUGCUAUUUAACAUAGGUGCUGUAUAUACUCAAAUAGGUGCAAAACAAGACAGAAGUUCCUCCAAAGGCCUUGACGCAGCCGUAGAUAGUUUUUUGAGAGCUGCCGGAACAUUUAGAUACAUCCACGAGAAUUUCACUAAUGCUCCGUCUAUGGAUCUUGGUCCGGAGAUGUUGGAGAUGCUGGUCCAGCUGAUGUUGGCUCAAGCCAGAGAAUGCCUAUUAGAGAAGCUGGAACUCCAAUCGGAGGAGAAACGAUCUGUUGACAUAUGCCUGGACCUGGCCCAGGAGGCUUCCCAAUUAUCGGAGUGCUACAAUCACGUGCAUCAUCUGAUUUCCCACGAGGCAGUCCACGACUAUGUUCCGUAUAGUUGGAUAUCUCUAGUCAUGGUCAAGAGGGAGUAUUACUGUGCAAUGGCUCACUUCCAUGUAGCGAUGGGGGUGCUCCACAAGGACGCUAUCAAAUUGUCCGCAGCUACCAGGGAAACGUUGCAAUUCUUGCACGUUGAAUGUGCCUCCACGCAGUUAGAUAUAAGAAUACCAAAGGAUGAUUCAGAGAGACGAUUAUUAGGAAGAACCCACCUUAGAGAAGCUCUGGUUUUACAAGAAGAAUGCCAGAGGUUGCAUAGAAUGUGCAGAGAAUUGAGGGGCAAACAAGCAUUGACUUUGGUGCUGAGAAAUGCUCAUCGAGUCACCUUACAAGCGUAUACCAAAACCGAAAGUGAAGACGAUUUCAGUGAUAUGUUGGAUCCGCCAAACAUACAACCGGCCACCAAAUUUCAGCUGAACCUCACACCACCAGACUUCGCCCAGUACCGAGUCAGCGACCUGUUCAAGUCCCUGGGGCCAAUAGCCAUCUUUUCAGCGAAAAGGCACUGGACGGCACCUAGAUUAAUACAACUCCACAGGGGCAGGACAUCGGAGGGUUUCGGUUUCUCCGUAAGGGGCGAUGCCCCUGUGAUAAUCGCGAUUGUGGAGAGCAAUUCCCUGGCAGAGUUUGGAGGAGUGAAAGAGGGCGAUUUCAUCGUAUCGAUUGGUGAAAAAGAUGUUAAAUGGGCCUCUCACGACGAGGUUGUAUCAUUAAUAAAGAACGCUGGAGAUGCUCUGAGUCUCAAACUAGUAACUCCGAUGGAUCGGAAUUAUUUAAAGCCAUCCAAAUCCAAUAAGGGGUCCAUCUCAACACACAGCAGCAGCUCCGGCGUGUCCAGCGGCAUGUCAAGUCCCUCAGGAUCGAUGGCUCAACACAACUCCAACGGGAAAAGACUCCACUGGAACCCCUUCAAACGUCACUCCUCCUCCCGCGAAGGCAAGGACUUUUACGACAACGUGAUACUGAGGUGAUCCAGAUCGUAUUCCAAGCCGCUCUACGUCUACGAUCUGCACGGGAUGAUAAAAAUUUUUUGAGCAACAGCGAAUUAAGAUUGUGCCAAAUCCGGACCAUAUUAUACAACUUUCGAUGAAAUUUUCGACGAAAAAAAAACACGAACGAAGUAGUACAGUCAAAUAACAGGAUAUGCAGCUUUUCAUUCAAGAACGUUAAAAUGUAGAAGAAUCGGUAGAUAUUGUAUUAUAUUCUGAAAAUAUUGAAUAUACCAGACCUUGAGUCUAAUGUACUGAUAGAUGAUAAUAUAUUUAUUGAUAUCUUCCUUAAUUCAUGUUUAUUCUCCUCAUCUCUUCUUAAUCGCAUCAUUAUCGAAAAGCUCUGAAUACAUCUAAAAUAUUAGAUAUAUUGUGAGCUCAAUUAGGGAUGUUCACGAAAGCGGAUUUCUGAAACACAGGGUUCCUUCUGAAGAUUUUUUUUAUUCAAAUGACAAUUGAAUUUCUCUUCGAUAUACCAAGGACUUUUUUCGCUUCAACGAAAACUAUCUGCUGGUUGGAUAAGUCUUCAGGAAUCACCUGUUCUCCCUUUUCGUUAACAUUCCGUUUUCAUAUCGUGAAACACUGGGUCAAAUCUGAAAUGCUCGUCAUUUCGGGAUUAUUGAUUCUCUUACUCGCAUUUUUCUAUGGUCAUCAUCAUCAGGUAGUUUGUAGUUUUUUGCCAAAUUGUAAAUAUAUUUGGUUCUUGGCGAACCAAAGCUCCGUUUCUUAUAUCGAACUUAGUCAUAUAAUGUACCUACAAGAAACAAUUUUUUUUGAUGUUGUUGAAUUGUUAUGUAAAGUAUUAUUUAUAUGAAUAAAUAUUAUGGAAUUAAUAA